GAUCAAAUGAAUCUCACACUCUGGAAUGGUUUUGCUCAAGCUGAAGCAUCAUCAAAUAAAAUUGCAGAGGCUCGAAAAGUAUAUUUAGGAGCUCUCGCACAAUAUCGUACAUUUCCAAUACAAUUUCGUUUUGAUGCGCCAUUGUUGCAUCGUACGUUUGCCGAAAUGGAGAUCGAACAAGGAAAUCACAAAACUGCAAUGAAUAUUCUUGUAAAUUUGACGGAGGAACAAGGAACAAUAGAUUCUAUAUCUGAAAUAGAUGUUCCAAUUACAAAAUUAUUAAGAGCGCGAAAGUAUUAUUCUCAACAAAUAGUUCGAAUUACGGAUCCUUUAGCAUCGCAGAAAGAUUUUCUAAAUUCUUUGCACUAUCAUGUUUGUUAUGCUUUAAUGGAAUGUCUUAGUCAAAAUAUACAACAAGCAUGUAAAAUAUUUGAAGAAAUGUUACAGACUUUUGAAAUAAAAUCAGAGAGUGUUAAUCAUGGAAAGUUAUUGCGAGAAGUUCUUGACAGAGCUCUUAAAUUAUUUCCUAAUAAUACGAUAUUUUUACUUUUAUACUUUCAUGAAGAAACCCGAGGGGAGCGGAUACCUCCUCUUGGAUUACAAAAGUUUUUGAAAGAGGCUUUAAAAAAGAAUCCAACUCAUAUUUUAUGGACUGUCGCGAUUUAUGAUGAAUUACAUCGUCAACAACCAUAUAAUAUUGAUCGGGUUAGAUCUUUAUUUUAUAAAUCUUUAGAAUGUUUUACUACAAAAAAUUCCAUUUCAUUGUGGUCACUCUUUAUUCAUUUUGAAAUUAAUAAUGGAGAAUUAUAUCGAGCCAAAUCUUUAUAUUAUAGAGCUAUAAGGGAAUGUCCUUGGUCAAAGGAUCUUUAUAUGAUAGCAUUUCGUGAAUUAAAGUCACAAUUCAAAACAGAUGAAUUAGACGAAAUUAUGAAUGUGAUAUUAGAGAAAGAAAUCAGAAUAAGAAUUCCUAUUGAAAAUUUUAUUACUACUACUACUACUGAUGAUGGUGAUAACAAUAAUAAUAACAAUGUAUUAUCAACAAAUGAAACAGAAACAGUAACGAAAUUAACCUUUAUUAAUACUGAAUAA